CACAAGCUCCUCAUCUGCCUCAAGAAAACUCCCAUUCCUGACAGCAUGUGCUACGGAAACUACUUUGGUGGCCUGGGCUACGGCUAUGGUGGCCUGGGUUAUGGCUAUGGUGGCCUGGGCUACGGCUAUGGUGGCCUGGGCUACGGCUAUGGUGGCCUGGGUUACGGCUAUGGUGGCCUGGGCUACGGCUAUGGCUGUGGCUGUGGCUCUCGCUAUGCCUACAGUACCUAUCGCCCAUGCUGCUAUGGAAGACUUUCUGGAUUCUACUGAGAAUUUACGCUUGCUGACUGAUUUUUGGUCAUUUGCUUAUAAAAUCCCAGGGCACUGAUAUGUAGGAAAAAUUAUAAUUUUACUUUUCAAUAAAAUGAAAUUUCUUCCGCAUUAUUUCC